CGUACGCGCGCGUACAUGACAUGCAUUAUGUAACACAUCUGAGCAUGGAGGAAGGAAUAGUUCGGGGCUGCAAAAUCGCCUAAAACCCCCCGAAAUAGUCUUCGAUUUUGUCGAUGUAGACACAGCUGAACAUCACAUCAACUUAAUGAUUUUGGUCAGCUAAUGCAGCGAUCCGAUAUCUCCAGAACUAAGCACCAGUUUCACUCACUUUCAGGAGCAGUGUGUAAGCGAUCCGUAUUGAGAACAACAUACAUGACAAUUGACAUAGGCACUGCAUUGGCAGUGACUGCGCCGAUUAACACCCACGUCGUCUGCCAUCGGAAUCCAACCUUGAAAAGACCAUGGAGGAAUAUAUUUUAUAGCGGCAGGGAAGUUUUAUAGGCCCUAGCUCCAGAUCGGUUGUUUGUAACAUCGCAGCUGAAGCUAGAGAUAACAAAAUUUACCCACCGAAUGACUCAAACUAAUGCGAUUGCUGGAGUUUCAACACCGAUCUGGAAAAUCAUAUUGAAAAAAGGCCUUUUCGGCCGGCCGACACAGCACAGAUCAAUUUCAAUUCAGCAGAGAGAUGCUAGGGCCAGUGCUAUUGUUGAGCAAGAGCGAAGGCUGUCACUUUAUGUCAGGCUGUAGCUGAAUCAUAUCAACUGUGUGCUGAAUGUAACGACAUUUUCAUGAUUAACUCAAAGACAUUUUCCUGAUUAACUCAAGACAGUUAGACGUGAGACUCCUGCUGUCUUGUAACUGCGAUGCUGAAUCCUCUGAAGCCAUGCUGAGGACCUGAAGACAAUGGAAUAUUGUUAGCCGUGAAUGUCUAAUAUUUUGCUGAUGAGAAUCAGCGUUGCGAAAGUCUGAUGGUCCGUCCAGCGCAUAUCUUUCUUCUUGGUCCAAUAUGAACUACGGCAGAAGGACUCCUCUGCCAAAGUUCAAAACCGAAUUUGAAAGUGAAAUGUCCGAUGAAUUAACCAGCGAGGAUGACAAGCAAGGCUGUAAACGAAAGUGCCGAAAUGCUAGCGAGAAGAAGCGCCGAGAUCAGUUCAACUGUCUCAUUCAGGAGCUGGGAUGCAUGGUGUCCUCCAAGAACCGUAAGAUGGACAAAUCGGCCGUCCUGCGGUCCACAAUUAACUUCCUCAAGGUCCACAACGACAACGCCCUCAAGUCAGAGACGUCCAUCAAGGAGAAGUGGAAGCCCUCGUUUCUGUCGGACAACGAGUUCAGUCAGCUGAUGCUGGAGGCCCUGGACGGGUUCCUGAUAGUCUUCUCUCAACAGGGACACAUCCGGUACACUUCUUGUAGCAUCACGUCUCUCCUGAGACACAUACCGAAAGACUUGGAAAACUGCACAAUAUACGAGCUGGUGCACGAGGACGACCGGCCCAAGAUCUUCAAGAUCCUGUCGGAGGUGGAGAACAGCCUGGAGAAUGAGGAGGAACUGCUCAGCAAACGCUUCACGUUCCACUGUCAGAUGAGACGGGGCUCCCUCAAGGCCAACGAGCUGGUGGAGUACGAGAUGGUCAAGAUCCACGGCAACUUCACCAUGAUCAACAAAGAAGGAGGCAUUCUUCCUCUUGAUGUUGGAUUGACGCGGUACUGCUUCGUCGCAACCGUUCGCCUUCAGACAACCCAACUCAGUCGCGAGAUGGCCAGUUUCAACGAGCAGCAGAAUAAGUUCAUGUCGAGACACAGCUUGGAUUGGAAAUUCCUCUUUCUCGAUCAUAGGGGCCCUCCGAUCAUAGGUUAUCUCCCAUUUGAAGUCUUGGGCACGUCUGUGUAUGAUUAUUAUCACCAAGACGAUCUCGAGAAGGUUGCACACUGCCACGAAGCCUUAAUACAGACCAGCGAAGGCAUAUCCUGCUACUAUAGGUUCCUCACCAAGGGACAGGAGUGGAUAUGGCUGCAGACGCGCAACUACAUCACCUACAAUCAGUGGAACUCCAAGCCGGAAUUCAUUGUCUGCAUGCACAAAGUUGUCAACUAUGCUGAGGUUCGCAAUGAUGUGAACCAGUCCCUGAACCUGACCGAAGACUCCCGGAUAGCUGCAGACAAGUCGGACAGCGGCGCAGCCAUGGACUCGCAUACCAGCACCUCGGAUAUGUCAGCGUCCACGUCACCGGUAUCCUCAGACGGUGAACACUACCUCAAGAAGCACAAGAAACCUAAGAGCCUGGCAGAGUCUUUCCACAGUGUUGGCAGCAUGGCGUCCAUUCGUCCACCCCUCCCGCCUACCGGUCCGUCCCUUAGCCCCGGCCCACCGAGGCCCAAACCGCCCAGACCGAUGCCACCGCGACCCAACUACGUACCCCCGCCGCUUUUGUCCAGCAUGAGUAGCCAGAAGAGUACCUGCACAGACAACAGCAGUCAUCUAUACUCGGACCAAGAGGUGCUGCCCAGUUCGCCUUCCAACAUCAGCGCACAGGCCGCCACCGACUACAACCAGAAUCUCCAAGUACAGCAGAGUGCGCUGGCGCCUGAGCUCGUCAUGGUGCAGAUCAAGCUGCAAGAGCAGCUAGUGCAGCGACAUCAGAAGCUGCAGGACGCCAUAGUGCAGCAGCAGAAGGAGCUGCAGGCCGUGCAGCAGCAGCUGCUAGUAGCGCAGCAGUUUCUGAUCCACAGUAAUCCUUUCCUUCAGGGGCUGAUGCCGCCCGCAACGCAACCAGCAUCUCGAUCUCAAGCCCAGCCCAGCAUUAUGCCCAGUUCAAGCAGUAAUGGAAGGACUGGUCUAGCAACGGACCCACAGGUCUCAACACACUCACCGGUGCAGGCAAUCAUUGCGGCUCAGCAAGCACCGUCGUUCUUCCCUCAGAUGUUGCAGGAAUCGCAGCAACAUCAGCUGCAACAACAGCAACAACAACAACAGCAACAGUGUGAUGAACAGCAACCACAGCAGCAACAACAGCAGCAACAACAGCAGCAACAGCAGCAGCAACAACAACAACAACAGCAACAACAACUUUUGAGAAACCAGCUCUUGUACCAGUCGAAUCAUCCGUCCUCCUCCAGGCAAAUGAUGCCCGCAACACCUCCGCCCGGCUUCCUGGUGCCGGGACAAGCCCAGUUGUCGCCGCAUCCCAUGAUGCACCAGGACUUGCCGUCGUCGUCCGGCUUCACCAUGCCCUGCCUGACCGCGCCGGUGAUCACCACGGCCAGUGUGAGCAUGGCCAGGAUGAGCUCGGGCAUGGAUAGGACAGAGGACUUGGACCCCGCCCGACUUUCCACCCCGCCCGGCUUGCAGCCAAACCCCCGUUUUUCUCCGUUGUCCCACGGCCAGGGCUCCCCCGGUUCCCAGUCGCAGCCCGGCUCGUCAACCGCUGACCAAGCAUCUCCUGGGGAGUACCAGUACCAGAUGCAAUCCCUGUCUCCCAGUAUGGACCCAUCGUCUAUGGGACUCAUGCAACAGUUAAUUAUGCCUCCACGUACACAAACUGGACAGUAACAGCUGUGUUGUGUAUGCCUUAAUAACUCUGGCUGUCAAAUUCAACACAGCUAUCCCAGCAGUCAGAAUCAAUCCAGUGACUGUUUUUAACAGUCAAGAGCUCCCAGCCUACAUAAAGCAGGAUUGACUGGCUGUGACUGUUUAUGUAACUUGAUACAGCCUUGAGUUGACAGUG